UCGAUGAUUCUUUGGCGUAACGCAUCAAUAUCGUGUGGUGGAGUGGCAAAGAUUUUGUCUUUGAGAUAUCCCCAAAGGAAAUAUGCAUCCUGUGAAAAUGUUUACGCAUUCAUGGCUUCAACAAGGUUCAGGCAUUCAAAUUAGAACAAUGGUGAAUUUCUAAGGGUAGCGGGUUUUUUGAGACACCCUGUAUAAAGGAAAGCAAUCGAGAUCUUCACCAGUUCGUGGUUGGACCUCCAAGUUAAAAGACCUCGCGCAAGUACUUGGAACACUUACAGCUUUUCUGAAGUCAAAAUGGUUUUGCUCGUGUUGGUUAUAGUACUGGCAGUCGCGGUGGCUCAGGACACUUCGCCUGCAGCUUCUAGCAAGGUGAUUUUGCUUUAUAUAAGAUGGUCUAUUUAGAACCAUCACCAGAGGAAUAUAUAAUACCAUACAUUCAUAAUACAAACCCAACUCUGCUUUGUUAACGAAGAUUUGUCAAACGAAGCCAUACGAAGCAGACGUCUAUUUCGAUGCUCCGUAGAAAUUGAUUUCAAAUCAUCAAUACGGUUACAGUGAAGGAGAUGAAAGACCUUUUUAAGAAAGAACUAACGCCAAUCAACAAUACUCUACAGCAAUUAAGCUCUAAUUUAAUUUGAUGGCUUAAAGAGAUUCGGUCAAGUUUCUCUCAGACAAAUACGAUGAUUUUCUUCGCGAACUGCACUCAAUGAACGAGAAACAUGAUUAAUUGCAAAGUAAGAAUUUAAAGAGAGCUAGAGAAGAACUAAAUGAGGCAAAACAACAUGCCGCAGAAGCAAAACAGCAAGCCGAAGAACUUGCACAAUACAGGAUGUCCCAAAAAACCCGAAAACUAUUGAAAUCACCAAUAACAAUUUAAUCGUUAGAAUUUGAAUGCCUUAGCACUCUGUACAUGUUGGUACCCACAAGUAAAUUUUAUGCAUAAAGAAACUAUUUAAGAAGCUGCUUUAAAUUCCCAUGAAGAGCAGAAAAUCGCGCACUUUACAAGGAGAUUUCUUAACUAAAUUUUAGUACAUGCACCUUGUCAAUAUUUUACGCAUCAUUACGUUCAGCUUUUUGGUAGGGCAUUCAAUUUUAACAAUAAGUGAUUUCAAUAGUUUUCGGUUUUUGGGGGACACUCUGUAUACUAGAAAAAGGAGACCUUUAGAAAUUGAAAUAACAUUUAAACAAAAGACUGUCUGCUCCUGGGACUGCCAUGCAUACUGUACGUAGAUCACAUGUUACGCACUCGUGGGCUUAGCAAAGUGCUCCAGGAUUCAAAUUAUAUAAACAUAUAUACAAACUCUUAAGACAGUAAGGUUUCACACUUUUUUCCAAUUUGUUAUUAUUUUCUCAUUUCUAGAUCCAAACGCUGGAAAAACAAGUAGAAAUCUUGACAAAUCUUGUCCUUGCGCAAUCGAAUAUCAUGGCUAUGCGUGAAUUUUCAGGCAGUCAAGAACCCUCGGGUUCAAAUCCUGCUUCGGAAUGCAUCUUGAAAAGCCAAGCAAAAAAGAUCGCGAAACUCGAGGGGGACUUGAACUCUUUGCAAAGUCUCACAAAAACGCAAGAAAAUGACACUCGACAAUUACAGACAACUGUGUCAGGUAGUUUUGCAGAUAUAUACUUUUGUAAGAGCCGUGAUCUGCAGGACUCGAAUCAGCAGGGCUCGAUCAGAAAAAUGCGAAAACAGUACGGGGAAUUGCCAUUACCCUAAAGUGUUCUUGUGCUAGCAAACAAACUCGGGAGUUAAUUAAAUUAAAUACAAUUAUCAUACAUUUAAAUGUAGCCUAUAGUUAUCUUAUAUACACUAGAUAGUGCAUCUAAUUAUUCUGCAGUGCAUUUAAUUAUUCUGCAAUUCAAAAAUUGAAGCCGUGAUUGCAGACUCGGGAUAUUCCCAUGAAAUGAGAAGACUCGUAUGUUUUCUAUUUCGUAAACAGGGAACUUAAACAUUAAGUUCAACCUAUUCCAUAUACAUUUUCAAACUAUUCAAAUGAUGAAAGUUAUUGUUGUUUUUAAGCGUUUAUUAGCGAGUGGGAAACUUCAACAUGGCCGCCAUCUAUUCAAAUGGGGGUAACCGCUGGAAUAUUCUUGGCUUCAAUUUUACUAAAGAGAUGCGCUAUCUAGUGUAUAUAAGAUAUCUAUGAUGUAGCCUGCUCAGCAACAUUCUCGUUCCCAGAUCUAUUUUCACUCGUUGAAAAUUAGGCUCUGGGUUAGACGACUAAAGGGAGAUAUCUGAUUCAGGCUUCUCAGCUGCAGAGAACUGCUAUUUCGCAGAAGUUGAGCCGUUUUUGCUAGCCAAAAUUAUUUUAUGAAAAUAUGUCAACACAAAUACUUUGUUUCUUCGUAAUACUUCUCUGUGAAAAUUGUUACGGGUGCUAAAGCGUCCCAAUUCAAGAGCAUGCGCUUUAGAAACUACUGCAAGUUUUCUUGCACUUCCGGUUCCGUGUAUUCCAGGGCGUAUGAAGGUCACGCGCGGCCGAGAGGCCCUGGGAACGAGGAUGGCUCAGCGCCGCUACGCAGGCUAAUUUAAAUACAAAUACAUUUAAAUAUAAUUAUCAUUAUAUGCUGUAAAAUUGACGCCAUAUUUAUGUAGGUGCAGUAGGUCUAUAUACAGCAAUAUAAGCCAAACUUUCUGAACUUCAGACUCCGUUUGGCGUACCAUCUAAAAAUCUCUUUAUAUAUUUUAGCAUAAUUUUACAGAUAAAACACUAAACAUACUUUUUAAGUUCGUUUAUCGCUUGAAGACCACUUGAAAAACGUAUCAAAAAUUUAAAAAAUUGAAUAUAGUCAUAAUCAAGUGGAAAAGCAUAUUCAUUAGUUUUAAGCCCGUGUUACGUAACAUACAAAAGACUCGAUCUCCUCUUAAUAGAUACUUAGAUAAGAUGUUACUAAGUUACUUGCUUUCUAGAUUUAUCUCAGAAGCUGAAAACUCAAGGUACCAAAUUGACAUCACUGGACAACAAAUAUGCUUCAAACGUUUCCAAACUUGGCUCGGAAAUCCAGAAUGUUGACAAUAAAACCAACACGCUCACAAACAACGUUAAUCAACUCGGAACAAAGGUUCAAAAAGUUGCAGGUAUGUAGCCUAUUUAUGACCCAGGCGCUUAUAAGGCAAUAAGCACUUCAAAUAAGCAAGCACUUCAGUGUACGAGGGUACGAGGCUAAUAUAAUCACAGAAAUAAUUCAUCUGAACAUCAAUAAAAUAUCAUUUCUAUUAACUAUGGUUAGAGCUAAUAAGUCUCUUUCGCUAUAUAGAUCAGUGGCCUUCUGGAAGUUAUUGCAUCUUGGCCAGCGGUAGUUGCCCACCAGGCUUUUCGCGCCGUAGCGGUUACAUGAAGGCUAUCAGUCUGUAUGCGGGCAAUGGACGCUACAUAAAGCAGGGGACAUUUGGGGAUAGUAAGAUACAAUGUCACGGUGGAUGCGGGCAGCAUGGUCAUUGGACUGGUGAACUGCAUAUCGAUGCUUGCUGCAAAUAGACGGACACAGCUUGGUAUACAUACUAGGAAAAUUUUUGGCUAACAUAUUGGCUAAUUCUUUUAUAUACGUAAUUUUUAGUUUUUAGAACUUACUGUAGUAUUACCUUUAGUUAUAUGCAUGUAAUUUAUACAUAAACACUGUGUAUGUAUGGUAUAUAUAUCCAUGUGAAUCUUAAAUUAAAACUACUGCAAUGCGUUUGACUGGG